CGCUGCAUUGGGUCCGCACUUGUGCCUAGCCUGCUCGUGAAUCGACCCGAGGAAAGGGUUUUGGUGUUUAUCUGUAAAUACACAGGGCAUUGUCUUGCCUGCUUUUCCAUUCCAGUAUCUGUGCUGUAUCUUGGUGACAUCAGUUUUAAAUUUGGUGGCUUUUUAAAAGAGUGGAAGGUACUACUUGGGGUACUACUUAGGAGAACUUUCCAAUGGGAAUAAAAAGAUUUGCCACAGAAUCAGGUGAGCUCUGACCUCUAGAAUUACAGAAGAACUCGGUACUUCUGCCUGAGCUUGAAUCAUGAUCAGGUAUAUCCUCUGAAAUGGUUAUAAUAGUGAAUCCAGAGUGUAAGAUCACAGAGGAAGAGUUGCGAGGGGUUUGUAGUCAACUUGUCUAGCCAAUGUGAAAUUACUGUUAUGCUGACUAAAUUUAUUAUGUCUUUUUUUUCCCUCCAAAGUUAUUUGUUAGUGCAGUUUAAGUAAAACAUGUUCAAGAAAGCCUGACGGAGGCCCUGCCCUGGCACAUGCUGUGUUGCGAAGCAGGAUUCAUUCCUGGCUUUACUUCCUGGUUUCUGCUUCUCUUCCUGAACUUUUGAAGAGAGACCUCCUUAGCUCUGAUUUCAAAACGGGGAUCUAGAUCUUCAGACACCUGUAAAAGUGCCUGAAUGCCUGAAGCGAGAUGUGCUAAAGAGAGCAGAGGGAGCUCAGUCCUCAGGAAGCGAUCAGGGUUGGUGUUAUGAUGCUGAACACCAGUGGAGAAUUUCACAAAGGACAGGUUCUUUUUAAUAUCACCUAUGUUAAUGGACAGGUCUAUCUAAAUGACUUUCCUAUGAAAAGCGGGGUUGCCCACAUAACAUGUCAAACAAUAAUAUUGGAGAAGAGAAGCUUGGAUAACUUACCGGAUCAGCAGCGUCUGGGAACCGUCCGUGUUCGCAUCAUGGUUCAUGAGUGGCCUUUGGCAUCCACCUCUGAUUUGCAGCUGAUUGUCAUUCAGGAAGAAGUGACAGAAAUUGAUGGAAAACAGGUUCAGCAGGAAGAAGUAACAGAAAUAGAUAUUUUAGUAAAGGACCUGAGAAUACUUAGACAUUCCAACUACACCGUUCCUUUGAAAGAGAGCAUGCUGUAUUCCAUGCCAAGGGACAAUGACGUGUUAUUUACACUGCCCAACCUCUCAGGAAAAGAUAUUCAAGAUCCACUGCAAACUACCAGUCAGUACCUCAUUCAGCAAGUAGAAACUACAGUGGAUGAAGAGACAUUACCUGGCAAGUUACCAGAGACCCCUCUUAGGACAGAACCUCCAUCUUCUUACAAGGUGAUGUGCCAGUGGGUGGAAGACUUGAGAAAAGGGUUGUGCAGAUUCUGGUUUCAAUCUUUACCUAUCUUGUUUAGUUUCAUGGAAGUUGUUGUUGUUGGAGUUGUUGGAGCAACUCUUAUUAUCAAAGUCUUAAAGGUGAUUCUCCCUUCCUGUGAAAAUAAAGGCAUCCUUCUCCUGGAUCAAGUCAGCUUUGUACCUGUGACUACCAUCAGCCUGCCUUCAGACCUUUCAGACAAGAAAAAUAAUUUAGAUGAGAAAGCAUGCACUUAAUACUGUAUUUACUUUGGAGUUACUGGUUUUUAAAAACACACUUUUAGUUGAUCUGAUAUUUGGCACCUGAUCUUAAUACCUUAGUUUUCUUAGUAGGAAAAAACUAAGUCAGUUGAUUAAUUGAUAAAGGGCCACUCAGGCCAAGGCCCAAAGCUGACUUCCUUGUGCCUCUCCAUAAACAAGCAGCCUUUUCAGAAGCUUCAAAAUAAAACAGCUUUCCACCCUGAGGGCUACCAUUGGUUUUAACUUCUGUGAAGUCACUUUUCCACACCUUGGACAGGAUUCUGGCUGCUUUCAUGGCCAUAAACCAAGUUAGCUGUCCUGACUAAUAAGAUGAUGAAAUUCAGGGUGUCCUUAAAUCUGCAGAUGGCAUUCUUCAGAAAAAGAUGAGGGAAUACUGCAAACAUCAGCUGUGCCUACAAACCUAAACAAAGCUGCCCCUGCUGGUUCCAGGUCUCAUAGGGUCGAGUGUUUCUUGCAAGGAAGAUACCACUACCUAACACUUGUGUUACUCAAAACAUCUGACAUUUUAUAUAUGCAAAACAAAAAUUUGAACAGCAGAUUUAUAUUUUAAGCACUUUACAUAUUUAUGGUCCCUUCCACUCAUAAAAAUUGUUAGCAGUUGUAACCAGCUUGCUUUUUUUAUCUGUGGCAGCAGUACUCUAUGAAGUCCCAAAACAGAAAUGAAAAUUCCAUUAAGUUCUACAGAAAUACUGGCUGAGAAAUAUUGCUGAGUAGGCCCAGUCUACUCCUGCCAGUUUGUACUGUUAACAUUUUUCAAAUAAACAUUUAAAUUGUUUAUUAGAGUGUGUUCAUGUGUGAAUUUAUAGUUAGAUAAAACAGCAGUUUGCCAAACAUUUCAGUCUUGGGACACUAUCUCUCAGUUUUUCAUUGUUCUUGCUUACAAAAAUUGUUUGUCAAAAGAAUGAAUAGGAAAAUAAAACCCUCAGAACCGUAACUACCUGGCACUAGACUGAGCAGUUAUCAUCUGAGUGAU